AUGCAUCGGAAUAAUAGUUUUUUGUUUAUUCUGGUUAUUUAUUAGUAAAAGAGAGUAAAAUAAUCUUUUGUGAGAAUCCAAAAUUUGAAUAAGGAUGCAAUACUUUGGUAACUGGAGGGAUUGAUUGAUAAGUGAAAGAUUUUGUUAAAUAAAUAGUGUUUAUUAUAUUAAGGAAUUUGUUAUUUAAGUUGUGUCAAAAUAUUUGUGUAGCUGUUCAAAAAUAAAUUAUAAGCAUAAAAUUUAAUAAAGAGUUAAAAGAGAUUAAUGAUAAGCCAUAAUUUCAAAUAGUAAUUACCGAUUCUUAUAACUGUCUAAAAGAAACUUUUGUUAAUAUAUAUAUACAGAGGUUAAAGAUUUGA